UCUCACUCUCUCUCCAAACAGACUCCAAUAGUGAUAACAGAAACCAGAGCCGUAUUUGCUCUGUGAGGCAAGUUCAGCCACAGCCGCUUGUCCUCGUGGUGAAACCUCAACGCCAGUUAAGUAGUAAGGGAAAAAUAGUUCACUCCUCUAUAGCCGAAACCAGGAGAGGUCAUUUUUAUCUUGGGAAUGACGAGGACACCUGUAGUAUCCUGCUUGCGGACCCUGCGGGAAAUGCGGGGGGGUUUGGUGGACCGGGUGGAGGGGAGUGUGGACCUCGUCCUGGAGACACUGGUGUCCAGGGAGGUGUUCACACGUGACGAUCGCGAGGAGGUGCUGUGUGAGAGGGGGCCCAGGGGGAGAGUCCGGAAGGUUUUGGACAUUCUGGACUGCAAAGGCGAAGAAGCCGCCGGAACGUUCCUCCUGGCAGUCAGCCACCUGAGCGACGUCAGCACUGAGGUGUCGGUGCAAAGCAUCGUUCCGACCCACAAUGCAGAAUAUUCCAGUGUGAUGCAGAAGCACAAGGCUGUGCUGCGCCGGCGGAGUGAGAGUAUUCUGUUCUACAACACCCGGCACGGCGAGCAGGUCCCCUCCCAGCACUACGUGAACCUGCUGGUGGUGAAGGGGCACCACAGCCUGGAGCUGAAGAAGCACGAGGUGCUGACCUUCGGCCAGCGGCGUGUCGCUUUGCAGGGGAAGGCCCUGGAGAAGAGGCUCAUCAAACCCGCGCAGCUCUUCGCUAACACUAACAACGCCGGCUCGCGGCCACCCAAGAGGGUCCUGGUGACAGGCGUGGCCGGCAUCGGCAAAACGGUCCUCGUGCAGAAGAUCCUGUACGACUUUGGGAGCGAUGUGGAGCACGUGCAGUUUGACUUUAUCCUUCAGCUAACCUUCCGGGACCUGAACCUCAUUUCGAAGCCGGUGAGCUUCCGGGACCUGGUGCUUCGCAAAAACAGCCACCUUAGCAAAUGUGUGGAUGCCAUCCUAGCCAACGAGAGCAAACUCCUUAUCGUUCUCGAUGGCUUUGACGAGUUUAAGCACUACAAGUCUACAGCUGAUGUGGACGUGUUUGUGACCGAGCCAGGUGAGGAGGGAGAGGUCACAGAGGUCAUCUCCAGCCUCAUCCAAGGCGAGCUCCUUCCAGAAGCCUCCGUGCUCCUCACGAGCCGGCCGAUGGCUGUCAGCCACGUGCCGGUGGCCUCGGUUAACUGCUUUGCCGUCAUUACAGGAUUUUCCUCUGCAGAGAUCAGAGACUUCUUCGAGCGAUACUUCCAACAGGAACCGCUCGCCCAACAGAUGUUUGAGAAGGUCGCCACUAACGAGAUAAUGCUAACCCUUUGCUACAUCCCUGCCUUCUGCCAUAUUGUGUGCAGUAUCCUGAAAGACAGCGAUGGUUUGGCCAGGGAGAGCCCCAAAACAAUGACAGACAUAUACACCCAGUAUCUGGUGGCCUUGCUGCGGUCACACUCCCAUGGACGUGUGGACAAUGCGAGCGAACGGCAGAGACUGAGAGAGAUCGUACUGAAACUAGCUAACCUGGCCUACGAGAAACUCAUGGCCCACGAAACCCUGUUCUACAGCAGUGACAUGGAGGCCGUGCAGUUGCCCGACUCCACCAUGGUCAGCACCUUCCUGGACAAGACGUCUGUGCAGGAGCCGGGCUUCACCGAAGACGUCUUCUCCUUCACGCACCUCACUGUCCAGGAGUUCUUCGCAGCGCUUCACUGCGCCGUAGCGGGAGAGGUGGCGUCGCCGGACGUCGAAAACAACUCCAGCAGCCGUCGCCAGGAGGACGAGGUCACCGCAGGACACCUGGACCUGUUUGACCGCUUCCUGUCUGGGCUGCUCUCCGAGAGGAACCAGAGGCUGCUGUCCAGUAGCGUGGGGUUGGACCCGUCGGCGACCCGAGCAGAGGUCUACCGUGAGGGGCUUCUGAAGAGCCUCCAGGCCCUGUGUGAAUCCGGAGGCCCCAUCCUCACUCAGCUCCACUGCCUCUUCGAGCAGCAGGACAACAGCCUGCUCCUGGACUUCCAUCCCAGCACGCUGAGGGUGAACGUGAGCGAUGUCAGCCUCUCGCCCAUGGACUACGCUGUGGUGAAGCACUUCCUGCGGCAGACGGCGGGGACCAUCUCAGAGCUGGACCUCACUGGGUCCAGCAUCACUGCCGCAGGCCUAACUGUCCUGCAACCUCACCUGAACAGGUGUCGGAGUCUGUGGCUUGGUGAGAACACCCUUGACAUGGAAGUAAUACAUGUUAUCGCUCAAGUGUUACAAUCUUCAGAUACCUUAACGUAUCUUGGUUUAGGUUGGUCUGAUAUUGGUGAUGAAGAGGUUUUGGUCCUCGCUGAUGCCAUAAAGUGCAGGCAAUCCCUGCGGGAGAUAUGGAUGGAGGGGAACAGGAUUAGCUAUGAAGGCCUGCUGUCUCUGAGUGCACUUACACCGUCCCCACUGCAGACUGUAGUUGCGAUUUGGAACGAGGUGAGCGAGGAGGAGGAGUCGCUGCUGAACGGUGCGUCGCUGGACAGCCAGUGCGUCACCGUGUCCUUCACCGAUGACCUCAUAUGGAAGGCGUGGUGCCAGUGGGUCCUGAAGCGUUGCCAGGGCAACAGCACCAAGAAGCUGAUGGGCAUCCUCCACAAGGUGUGCCGGAGCUCCGAGCGGCGCCAGGACGUCCCGUGGACGCGUAGCUUCUACGGGGAACUUCUGGAGCUCAUCAGGAGUCGGAUCGCCGAAUGCGACGAGGAAGACGAGGACGUGCGCAUGAGACUGGAGAAGUUUGCGUCUAUUGUGGCCAGCUAACUCAAUUCCAUUCAACUUUCCUCUUUAUCUAUAUCAUGUCAUUACAUUUUAAUAUGUUUAAAGGCACUUUUCAGACCCAAAGGCCUGAAUCCCACAGACCUAUUUAGUGAUUAUGGUGACCUGGCAUUUUUAUGUCAACUUCAUUCCAAUGGAAAGUUUUUUUUUUUUUUUAAUCAGAUCAACAUCUCUGUGAGAUCUGUUUUGCAUAAUAUGCAUAAUACAGUAAUAUCAUAUUAGUAGUUAUUUAACCUAAUGCAAUGUUGUCUUUAUUUGUAUGUUUAUUUAUGUGUGUGUAUUUAUGUAUGUUUAUUG